GUUAUAUAAACUGUAUAUAUAACGCUGCAUUUGGAGAUCGUUUGAAACUGAUAUAUGGAGUCGUCCCAGCGCUAAAAGAUGCCGGACAUGAACCGAAUGCGAACACAAAAGGAGAAACUUUGAAGAACGGUGGUAGGCCUAUGCAAAAAACAUAAUUAAAUGGACACAAAACCAGGACAUUAUUCAAAAUAUCUAAAGGCCUGUUUGUAUUACACAGAAGUCAUAGCUUUAGAACAAUGUGAGGAUGAAUAAAUUAUGACACCUAGGUUAACCUAGGGCUGUCCAAUGUUGGUCCUGGAGGGCCACAGAUCUGCAGAGUUUAGCUCCAACUUGGUUUAACACACCUGUUUUGAAGUUUCUUGUCUGCUUUGUGAGACCGAUUAGCUGUUCAGGUGUGUUUGAUUAGGGUUGAAGCUAAAUGUUUGCAGGACACAGGCCCUCCAGGACUAGCUUUGGACACCCCUUGCGUAGCCCAUGUCAAUCUGAAUACAGGAUAGCCUUCGUGUAGGACAGUAAUUGUAUGAUUCCACAUUUCAGUGAUUCUAUUUAUAAAAAUAACUCAAACUUUUAAUGCCGUAACAACAUUUCCUGUAAGAGUGAAAUCAUUCUCAUUGAGACCUCACUGAGGAUCAGCUGUAAAGCGUUUUCGAAGCCGCCGAGCGCCCCCUGUAGGAAGCUACGUUACCCCAUUGGAGUCGAAAUAUAACUAGCUUUUGCUGGUUUGCGAGUUUAAUAAAACAAGAAAAAUAAGGAAUACAAUCAAAACAAAUCCCCCAAACAAAAAAAAAUAAGGAAGUUAAUCAAAGUCUGCUUUCCCAACUUCGCAUUAAGCAAUUCGAAAAAGUUGCUCUCCGGCGACAUAUGAUGACGACAUUCUCGUCACCGCUCUACAUUUUCAAGAGAUUCGAGAGAAAAAGAGGAUUGGUCCAUUUCCCAACAACCCUCCCAUAACCGGAUGUUUUGUUUUGCAAGUCUAGAGAAUAUAGAUACAUUUAUCCUUUGUUGUUUCUUGUCUGUAAUAUGUCACUGGUUAAAAAAGACUUGUGUCCAUUUGUUGAAGACAGUUUUAGUCGUUUUCCCUCGCAGAGUAACAUAUAUGGACUGUGCCAAGCAGGCGAGCAGGAGUUGCUGGCAGCGACUCUGAAGGGUAAAGUAGUGUGCUUUAGAUAUCAAGAUGUGCAGAAGAAGAUCAGACCGGUGGCCAAAGAAAUUCAGUUCACAUACAUACCAGUUGAUGCCGAAAUUGUUUCCAUUGACGCUUUUAACAAAUCUACCCCUAAAAGAGGACUGGUGGUAGGAGUAACGUUUAUUAAGGACUCGGGAGAUAAAGCAACACCUUUUCUUAACAUUUACUGUGAUUAUGAACCUGGUUCAGAGUUUAAUCUGGAGUCUAUAGCACAAAGCUGUCUGAACUUGGAACUCCAGUUCACACCUUACCAGCUUUAUCACACAGAAGUUCAUUGCGGUGAUGGACCCAAAGAGACGGUAUUUCUUCUCAGUGGUCAUGAUCAAUGUAUACAUCUUUACAAAGAGAAUGUCUCUUUGCACCAGUUUGAGGAACAACCAGUAGAAAAACUCUUUCCUGAACUGCAAGAGCUACCAAGCAAUGUGUUAUGGUUAGAUGUCUUGAGUAUCGAUGAAAAUCAUCGCCUCACUGCGUUUGGAUGUCAAAAUGGGUCUGUGGGACUUUCCAUUGUCAACCAAAACGGACCUGAGAUUCUUCAGAACUGGCGUGUUCAGCAUGACAGUCCCAUCUCGACGGUGUUACUUUUCCCUUUGCCACAGCAGCACCAGAGCAUUGACACAAAUAGUAGCCAAAAGGAAACUUUUAAUCUUCUAGUCACCAGUGCAAUAGAGAUGGCUGUGGUUUACAGGGAUGUAAAGAAGUAUGGACUGAGCAGACAAUUGUGUUUGGCUGAAAGUGACCAGUGUGAUGCAGUUCUCUGUGCUCUUGUUGUUGAUCUAGACUUUGAUGGGCAACAUGAAUUGUUGCUGGGAACAUACGGACAGGACCUGCUCUGUUACAAAUUUCCCCCAUCAAUGGGAGUCUCUGAAGAUAAGUUACAGCUGCUUUGGAGACGGAGUUUUAAAAGUCCCCUCCUAUCGCUCAUUUAUCUUGACCUGACAGGUGAUGGACUAAGGGAACUUGCUGUUCUUACCUUAAAAGGACUGCAUAUAUUACAGCACAGUCUGAGCUCAACAGCUGAUCUUGUUCUUCAACGAUUGGCCAGUUUAGUAUCAAGAUUGCCUUUUACGGACCAGCCAAUCAAAAAUGAAGAAACUGAACAAGAACUUAUUUCAAUCAGUAAUGAAUCUUAAGAGCACCUAACAGACUAUCAAAUAAUAGAUGUUUGUUUAUUUAUCUAGAAAAUGAUGUGAUCAUGUAAACAAAUAAUAAGAUAUGGGUUAAGUAGUCCAGCCUGUGCCACGUUUUGGUUAUAACGGAAGACCUUCUCUUGAAGUCAAAGGACAUUAUUGAAUGCCAAACCCAUUAACCAGACUUUUAAUUGAUGUUGUGUGAUGUAGAAAAAGGUCUCACACUAAAAUGGAAAUACUUUUUUGCUGCUGAAAGAUUUAAGUCAGACUUAUUCAAUCUUAUACAGUGUCUUAAUGAAGUUAUUUAGCAAUGUGCCUCUUUCAUUGCAUCUACACACAUCCAUUCUUAACAUCAUAACAUAUCAGCAUUUCUUCUAGAGCCCAUAGAAAGGGAACAGAUUUGUUUAAAUAGACAAAGCAGGUGAUACCUGCAAAUUUGAAAAAUAUAGUAAAGCAUAACCUAUACAAUAUAUUUUCAAGCUCCAGUUUUGAUUUCUUGAGGAAUUAAUUAAUUGAAGUUGUGUGUUUAUUGCCAACAUCCAGCAGAGGGUGCCCUAUGUCAAUUAACUACCAUUUUUUUACCUUGCAUUAUGGGAAGACGGCCAGUCUGGCAGAGAUAGUGUUAUUUUCUGGGCAAUGUUUUACUGCCAAAACAUAGGUCCUGCCAUUCAUGUGCAUGUUAAUUAGAAACACACCUCCUACCUAUAGGUUGCAAACUAUGUACAUGUGAAGUGAUAUUCUCUGUUGUCAAUGGCUACUGUUACCAGGAUUAUACACAAUGUAUAUUUGGAAUAUUUCACAAAUGACAUUAUGUUCUUGAAGUAAAAGUCAUUAAAUAUA